CCUUACAAAUGUAGUGAAUGUGAAAAAUCUUUCUCCCAAAAGUCAGACCUGACUGUGCAUCAGAGAUCUCACACAGGAGAAAAACCUUAUAAAUGUAAUGAGUGUGAGAAAUCGUUCAGUAUAAAGUCAAAACACUGUACACCAGAGAAUACUUUCAGGGGAGAGGCCCUAUGUAUGUAGCGAAUGUGGGAAAAUGUAUUAUAUGAAGUCAACCCUCAACAAACAUCAAAGACUUCACACAGGGGAGAAGAUAUAUGAAUGCAAUGAAUGUGGGAAAACCUUCUGUGGGAAGUCAGUUCUCCUUAAACAUCAGAGAACUCAUACAGGGGAGAAACCUUAUGAAUGUGUUGAAUGUAAGAAAACCUUUUCUGAGAAAUCAACACUCAGUAAACAUCAGAGGAUUCAUACGGGGGAGAAACCCUUUGAAUGUAACAAAUGUGGGAAAGCAUUCUGCCAAAAGUCACAACUCAUUCAACAUCAGAGAAUUCAUACAGGGGAGAAACCCUAUAAGUGCAAAGAAUGUGGGAGAACGUUUUGCCAGAAGGCAUCCCUCAGUGUACAUCAGAGAACACACACAGGAGAGAAGCCCUAUGAAUGUAACAAAUGUGGAAAAUCUAUGAUAGUUCAACCCUCGUUAAACAUAAGAGAAUUCACUCGGGAUAAACCCUAUAAAUGUAAUGUAUGUGGGAAAACCUUCAACCACAAACCAGCUCUUCUCACACAUCAGAGAAUACACACAGAAGGGCAAUGAUGUAAAGAUGGAUGUGCAGAACCCUCCUACCCUAAUUCAGAGCCUUUGGUAUGACAGACAGUGUAUGCAGGGAAGAAACUCAGUGGAUGUAGUGUAUGUGAGAAGUCCUACUAGAAAUCAACCUUUAGUUUACG